CUCUAAUGCAUUUGUCAGAGAGCUUAGUGGAUUGCCUGAUGAAUGCCUGAAUCCGGGAGCGGUAUGCCGCAUUGGUCGUAGCAACGUGGACCCGUACGGCUUUUUAGGGCGCAAGUUCACUUUCCUGAAUAUUCCGAAGGAUCGGCACAUUCUGCUGUUAAUUUUGGUCUCAUCUAUUAGGAUUCUAUCUGUCGAGGGGAAUUAAUAUAAUUGCAGAUCCGGACAGACUCUCCGUAUUUCAAGCUUACUUGCUUCAUCUAAAAGAUGCCCUAACCUACUUUUGUUUAAUUGUGAGGAAGUUUCUUAUUAUGAGGCAUUAUGACACCAAGGUUUCACCGUAGAUACCCCGUUAUCAAUUACUUUAUUCCCUCAGUACUGAUGUAUCAUUAUCUAUUUAGUAUCUAUGUUUUUUAGCUGAUCAUUACGUCCUCCCCUUUUUACAGGGCAACUCUUAUCGCGAUUCUAUAGUCUAGCGGUGAACUGUCUUCAAAAUCAUCAUUAUUCUCGGGACGUGAGCCAGGCGGGUGAACUUCGGGUCGGGAGAUUAGUAAGGUAGGAGCAUAAGGAGCAUACCUAAGCGGGCAUUUAAACGAAGCUAUGUUGGAGAGCAUACUCUCGAAGGUGAAGUUUAUACAGAACGAUCUUCAUUUACAAACUCAAAAAUAAAAUAAAAUAAAUAAUGGGGUACGUAUUCUAGUGGGUGUUUGUUGAAACCUGGGGUUGGAGUAUGGAGAAUUUGUUACUCUUUUUUCCCUCCCUCGCUCUCUCACACACAAACAUACACACAGUCCCUCUUUCUCUCAAGUCUCUCGUCUUCAUCUUGGUCCCCUUUAGUAAAAGUCUUAGGCCAUUUCGUUCGCAUCAAGUCGCCAUCAAUCCUCAUUCGCCUUUUGUCAUGGUCACUUCUUCUGAAGGUUCGUUUCGCCCGUUUGGUGAGAUUGAUAUCAAUUCAUGGUUCGAAGUAGUGUUUAGUGGUUGCUCUACAAAAAAGAAUGGUCUCAAUAUUUGAUUUUAGUUCCCCCGCGUCCCUUGGAUCUUCUGAUGGUUCGUGACUUAAUGUGCGUCUAAGCUAUAAAAGAAAUCGGAAUGUGUGGAGAGAGUUUCCAGAGAUUUGACAUGCCAGAGUGAGUAUGGGUUUGGUUGCUGUGGGGGCGGCGGAGGGUUUGUUGACAUUGCCGACCACGGGAUAGCGGUGCUUACUCUUUGUUUGAAGUACGAACCUCCCUAAUCUUAGCUCACUAAUUAUCGCCUCUCCGCUCUUCGAGCUACCAGCCACUAAAACUGGCUGAGCAUUGCAUCUUUUACCGCUUUGUUCUCUUUCUAAUUAGUCCCCGUGUGAAGAUCCUACCAUUUCCAUUCAAGGAUUACCCCUCUAUCAAAUUGUAUCACUUCGUCAGUGCUUUAUCCUAGUGAACUGCGGCCUUCACCAACCUCCCUUUGGACCAGCCCUGAAUGUCCUAAACCAUUCCCGUAAUUCACCAUGUUGACGGUUGAGAAGUCAUGGGUCAAUGUGCAGCAGAAAACCUUUACAAAAUGGUCAGUUUCCUCAUGCCACCCUGACUUCCUCGAUCGGGGUCGGCCCUAUGCGUUAUCGGCUCUUUGUUGGCCUUUUAACCUGCCUCAUCCAAUUUGGGUCCCACCUGGCUGACAUUAUUGAUCUUCCAGGCUCAAUGAUAAAUUGAAGGUC